AAGGCCUACAAGGAGAAAAGCUUCUAAGAGCAGUUGCUGAUGGAGAUCUUGAAAUGGUUCGUUACCUUUUGGAGUGGACGGAGGAUGACCUAGAUGAUGUGGAUGAGGCCAUGAGCACGGUGGAUCUGGAAUUCUGUCACCCCUUAUGCCAGUGCCCCAAGUGUGCUCCAGCCCAGAAGAAACUGGCAAGGAUUCCUGCCAGUGGGCUUGGUGUGAAUGUGACCAACCAGGACGGCUCCUCUCCCCUGCAUAUGGCUGCCUUGCAUGGCCGGACGGACCUUGUGCCCCUCUUGCUGAAGCAUGGUGCCUACUCGGGUGCCAGAAAUACAAGCCAAGCUGUGCCGCUCCACCUGGCCUGCCGGCAGGGUCACUUUCAGGUGGUGAAAUGUCUGUUAGAUGCCAAUGCAAAACCUAAUAAAAAGGACCUCAGCGGGAACACACCUCUCAUUUACGCCUGCUCUAGUGGCCAUCAUGAAGUUGCUGCACUGUUGCUACAGGAACAGUAA